CCCCCCGGCCUCCUCCCCCGCCUGUCCAGGGGCGGCACUGCGGGCUGGGAAGCCGGGACCAGAGGAGGGAAGGAAAGAAGGAAGGAAGGAAGGAAGAAAAGAAGGAAGGAAAGAAGAAAGGAAGGAAGAAAAGAGAAGAGAAGAAGAGAAGAGAAGGAAAAGAGGAGGAAUUCAGAGGAGCAGAGGAGGAAACGCAGGUCAGGCAGGCAGGAGGAGAGAGGACGGCACUCCAGCGGCAGCAUCCAAAGGCCAGAGUGGGGACCCGUGCUGCCUCCGCCGCUCCUCGGAUGGUGACGGGUCCCCGCCGCGGCCGCAGCCCCCCCGCGCCCCGGCUCCGCAGGCCCGCAGCGCCGGAGCCCCGCAGGAAUCAUGCCCAGAUCCUUCCUGGUCAAGAAGGUCAAACUUGACACGUUCUCCUCGGCGGACCUCGAGAGCUCCUACGGGCGCGCCCGCAGCGACCUCGGAGUGCGACUGCACGAGAAAGGAUACCUCAACGACUACGCGGGGCCCGCCUCCGUCUACGAUGGCGAUGCCGAGGCGGCCUUGCUCAAAGGGCCGUCCCCAGAGCCCAUGUACGCUGCGGCCGUGCGUGGAGAACUGGGCCCGGCGGCCGCGGGCUCGGCACCGCCUCCCACCCCGCGCCCAGAGCUGGCCACAGCCGCGGGCGGCUACAUCAACGGCGACGCGGCCGUCAGCGAGGGCUACGCGGCUGACGCCUUCUUCAUCACCGACGGGCGCUCGCGCCGUAAGGCCGCCAACGCUGUCGCUCCCUCCACAGCCUCCGCCGCAGCUCCCGACUGCGACGGUGGAGGCGGGGCCGGGGCGGGUGCGCGCGGCGCGGGGGCCGGGGCCGGGGUCCGGGGCGGCGCGCGCGCGGGGGUGAGCACGGAGGCGCGCUCGGGGCCCGGGGCUGGCGGCUCAGGGGGCCGGCACGCUUGCGGCGAGUGCGGGAAAACGUACGCCACGUCGUCGAACCUGAGCCGCCACAAGCAGACGCACCGCAGCCUGGACAGUCAGCUGGCGCGGCGCUGCCCGACGUGCGGCAAGGUGUACGUGUCCAUGCCGGCCAUGGCCAUGCACCUGCUCACGCACGACCUGCGCCACAAGUGCGGCGUGUGCGGCAAGGCCUUCUCGAGGCCCUGGCUGCUGCAAGGCCACAUGCGCUCCCACACAGGCGAGAAGCCCUUUGGCUGCGCGCACUGCGGCAAGGCCUUCGCCGACCGCUCCAACCUGCGCGCGCACAUGCAGACGCACUCGGCCUUCAAGCACUUCCAGUGCAAGCGCUGCAAGAAGAGCUUCGCACUCAAGUCCUAUCUCAACAAGCACUACGAGUCUGCGUGCUUCAAGGGCGGCGCGGGCGGUGGUGGCCCCGCGGCCCAGGCGCCCGCCGCUUCGCCGCAGCUCAGUCCUGUGCAGGCCUAGGGCGGCGGUGCCUCCGCCAGCCUAGCCGGGUCGGCUCUCAGCAAUACGGGCCCCCAGGGAAGUCUCCGCCAGCACCCGGGGCGGAGGGGCCGGAGGGCGGGCCCCUCCUCACAGCAAUAGAGGGAGGGGGUCCGGCCCCGCCCCGCCCGCCAGGGGCCUUGUCGGCCCCUUCAAGCAAUAGGGUCCUGAGGGGAGACCCACCCCGAACCCCCUCCCUUCCCCUCCAGGGUGCCCCAGGCUUUUUCCCAGCAAUAGGGUCGAGGAGACCCAGAACCGAACCUCAUUCUGAGUUAGGUCUCUGAAGACGGGGGUGGGGUGAGGUGGGGAGCACCCCCCCUCCUCCCUCCUCUGCGCCCCUGGAUCGCGUCGCAGAGACUCAGGUCUUCCCCACCCCCUUCCCAAGCCUUCCAAGGGCCAGGCCUGCGGCCUAGACGUCCGGGGAGCAGACCGCGGAGGAGCGGGGCGGGGGGGGGGGGUCCUGCAGAGGCGUCCCUACUCCUCAGUCUUCGCUGAACCCCAGGAGUGAUAGACGCGUUGGGGAUCGGGGAGAGAGGCGGACGGCGGCACCCCUCUCCCUCGGGUUCUUUCUGGGCCCUCAGUCCAAGCCGCUCUCCCGCCCUCGCCUCGCACCCUCUGCCAAAUCCGAAUUCUUCCAGCCCAGCUUCCCGGGCUCUGUCCUUCAUAACGAAUAAUAAUGACGCAUAUCGAAUCGCAUGGACUUAUCCGACCUCCUCAGACCCCACUCCCGCCCUGCCCCGGGGCCCCCUCCCUCGUCCCCGGGCAUUCGGUGUUGGAGGACGGAUCCUGGGGCCCGGCAGGCAGGCCUGGGCAUGGCCCAUUACACACCUCUCUGUAUUCGCUUUGCGGGUAAAGCCCCCUGGGGGGGUUGCGGAUGCGUCGGGUUUCUUUCUUUCUGUAUUUGUACGUUUUAUUUAUGAACGGAUUGCACUCGGGUCAGGGAAGGGGCGCUGAGGCCCCCAUCCUUCCCGCCGACGCCGGGGGCUUGGGAUGUCCGGGAUCACUUUCCCCGCCCCUGAACCCCGCCCCUACCUGGGCCCCACCCUCGAGCCCCAGGCCCCGCCCCCACUCUGUUGCCAACUUUCGCCCGUCUAUGCCAAAGCCUCGGCGGCGACCCCGCCCCAAGGGCCCGCCCCAUUGGCCGCCGCCUAUGUGACGUCACUGCAUGCAGCCCCAACCCUCCUCCCGUCCCUUCCCGGGGCUGCCCGCUCCCUCUCCCUCUUAGUUAGUCCGAUGCCGACUAUAGAGCAAUAAUGCGCACUGCAUGCGAAGCUGCCGCCGCCUCUAGAGUUACUGAGAAUCAGGUAUCCCCCUGCCCUAUCCACCCCAUAGGCCCCUAGAUCAGGGACAUUGCGCGGGGCCGGACGCGCAGACUUUCUUCCCCUCCUCCCUACCCCCCCACGGCAGAGCCCUGCGGGUGUAAUGGUUCCAGGGGCAGGGGCAGGGUGGUUGCCCCCAGGACCCCUCCUUCAGUCAUCCAUCACCCACCGACUGUUCAUUGGGCACCUACUAUGUGCCAGGCCCGCUGCAGAGUCGGCCAGGGAUGCAGCGACCUGCAGGGGUGCAUGUUCGCAACAGGGGUCCAUCAGAUUUGGGUGGGCCAAGGAGGGCUGCAUACGCAGAGAAAGGCCUGGUCCCUAAACCCAACCCUGCAUCCCCUUUACCUCUUCCCUGCCCCAGCCCGGGUCCAGUGCUGGGUGCAGUUGGGCUCUACCUUUGACUUGCGCCUGGCGUUCUCAGCUCAGGUGGCACAGACCCAGGGCCCCAAGGCCCAGCACGACCAGGGCCACCCAUACCGACUCUCAGUCCUUCCGUCUUCUGGCCACCUGGGCUCUGCUGUGUGGGGCUGGGGCCCCAGGCCAGACAAAAGGUGCACGCUGGAGUGUAUGAGCUGGU